AUGCCCAUAUGGGUUGUGUCUUCUGCGGAGCACGCGGAAUUCACUAUAGCGAUUCCUGUAGAAUAUUACCAGACAGCACCAGACGUCGAUUCAAACUGCAGGGGGAGAGGCGAUGCCUACUAUGUUUGGAAGUCGGAUGCGAAGGGAUGCAAAAUUGCCCAAAAUCUCGGACAAGUUGCUAUCACUGCAAGCAGACGGGCCACCAUUCCGCAGUUUGUGAGAAGCCGGAUGAAGCCCGGAAUAUUGAACUACGAAUCGAUGUUCUACGAGAAGACCUUCAAAGAAGGACUCGAUCGGGACAAAGAUGCCCGUAUGGGUUGUGUCUUCUGCGGAGCGGUGUCUUCUGCAGAAAGAGGAGAUCAAAACUCAAUGCCAUCAGAGAACGGCUGGGCCUGGAGCUCCUGCCAACUACAUCAUCUUAGGGGGCCUGAGGCCGGAGUAUCGCAGAAGCGAGCCAGACAAGCAAUACAAAAACAGCUGACACAUGCGCAAUCCCUUGGAAGUCAAAAAGUAACACAACUGGGGAACAGUAUAAAAGCCGCAUACAGACCACUUCCUAGGACUUUCCGACUGUAUCACUGA